AUGGAUUCUGAACCGGCGGAGGCGGAGCUUUGUGUCCCGCCUGCCGAGCCGCAUGCGCUUGGCGAGUGCCCGGUGACAGCUUGGGAUUCUGCUUCAGAGUCUGGCAAGAAGCAGCAAGAGCUGCAACUCACGCCAGGGGAGUGUGUCGAAGCUCCCACUUCAGUCGAUGGCAGAAGCGCAUCACAGGCGGAUGCCUGCGACAUCGGGCUUGAUGAUUGCUGCACGCAGCUGGGCGAGUUAGAUGAUGUUUUUGGGAAUUCAGCAGAAGAGAUGGGCAGUCCAGGACCUCAGCGAGAAGAUCGCGAACUUGCCACUCCCAGCACGGAUGCACUUGGGGAGGAGUCCCGCACGUCUGUCUUGGCUUUAGCUGCAGAUGGUGCAUCAACGUUGGAGGAUGAGCAGCUGCCGGAUGAGUCGGUGGUUUGUUCGGAGCUUGCUGGGGCCGACCCAAGCAGUUCGGAUCUGGAUUUGGGCAUCGCCAUCGCUGCGCCAAUUCUGCCAGAGUCCGUGCCAUCUGAUUGCGAGGUCACCGAUGCAACUCAAUGCAUGGCCUCAAGUGGUGAAUCAGAGACGGCCUUCAGCAUCAAGGCUUCCGGCAUUGCAGAAAGUGCAGCCGAAUCCGAUGGUUUGGCUUCGCCGAGCAUCACCAACGCGGCCGAUGUGAGCACGGGUCCUUCUCAAGCACGCGAUGAGCCUUUUGAGGAGAGGCUGAGCGGAGGCGACGGAGAUGUGUUGGCCGCAGACUCGGAGCACACUGACGACGGAGCUGUUCGCAAGGAUUCCAGCAUGGAUUCUGAACCGGCGGAGGCGGAGCUUUGUGUCCCGCAUGCCGAGCCGCAUGCGCUUGGCGAGUGCCCGGUGACAGCUUGGGAUUCUGCUUCAGAGUCUGGCAAGAAGCAGCAAGAGCUGCAACUCACGCCGGGGGAGUGUGUCGAAGCUGCCACUUCAGUCGAUGGCAGAAGCGCAUCACAGACGGAUGUCUGGGACAUCGGGCUUGAUGAUUGCUGCAUGCAGCGGGGCGAGUUAGAUGAUGUUUUUGGGAAUUCAGCAGAAGAGAUGGGCAGUCCAGGACCUCAGCGAGAAGAUCGCGAACUUGCCACUCCCAGCACGGAUGCACUUGGGGAGGAGUCCCGAACGCCUGUCUUGGCUUUAGCUGCAGAUGGUGCAUCAGCGUUGGAGGAUGAGCAGCUGCCGGAUGAGUCGGUGGUUUGUUCAGAGCUUGCUGGGGCCGACCCAAGCAGUUCGGAUCCGGAUUUGGGCAUCGCCAUCGCUGCGCCAAUUCUGCCAAAGUCCGUGCCAUCUGAUUGCGAGGUCACCGAUGCAACUCAAUGCAUGGCCUCAAGUGGUGAAUCAGAGACGGCCUUCAGCAUCAAGGCUUCCGGCAUUGCAGAAAGUGCAGCCGAAUCCGAUGGUUUGGCUUCGCCGAGCAUCACCAACGCGGCCGAUGUGAGCACGGGGCCGGAUCAGCAGAUGCUGAUGGUUGCUUCAGUUGCUGAGGCAAGCACUCCUCUGCCAACUGCUUGCCAUGCCGAUGAUGCUGGGGAAAGACGCACGAAGGACGGGUGUUUAAUCUUGCCUGUCAUGCGCGCAUCAUGCGUAGUUGCUCUUGGCUGGGGUUUCACAUUCCUGCUGGCCGCGGCUGAGCCUCUGAUCAGGAGGCAGCGCCGCGAAGAGCGGCCUGGAUUUGCUUUCUCGUCGAAGCUUGGCUCGCACGCAGGUUGA